AUGCUGUUUAAACAAUGCAGUAAAUGCAACUUUUUCCAGUAUUGUUCAAAUGUAUGUCAAGAAAAACACUGGGGUGAACAUAAAUCCUUGUGCAAGGAACUUUCACACUUAAAUGAACAAAACAUUAUAAAUAGAGAAGUUAAUAAUGGAACAUACGUAUGUCAUUUGUCGCCUAAAGAAGGCGCAACUGUAGCUCGGUUAGUUGGGAAAAAAUGCAGUGUUAAAUGUUUCCUCAAUGGGGUGGAGUCAACUGCUCUUUGCGAUACUGGAGCACAGGUAUCCAUAGUGCCUCGUGAUUGGGUCUUGAAGAACUUGCCUAAAGCUCAAUUGCGUAUUGUAGAGUCCCUUCUUAGGGCGAGUGAGCUAGAUCUAAAAACAGCCAAUGGGACAGCGCUACCAUAUGAUGGAUGGAUUGAAAUAGAUUUUAAAUUAAUGGGGGCAAAUCAUGAUUAG